AGAAAAAGAGAAAGAAGGGUAGGAAAGAAAGAGAAGAAAGAGAGAGUGUGUGUGUGAAAGAGAGGGGGAGAGAGAGGAGAGAAGAAAAGAAAAAAAAAGAAAAAGAGAGAGAGGGGAAAAGAGGGGAGAGAAGAAAAAAACAAGAGAAAGAAAGAAAGAAGAAGAAAGAAAAAGAAGAAAAAGAAGAGAAAGAGAGAGACAGAAAGAGAGAAAGAGAGAGAAAGAAAGAAAAAGAGAGGGAAAAUAAGA